AUGGAGAUGCUCGGAAACAGGAGACGGCGUGCCUCCCUAGAAUCAGGCGAUGAAAGUAAUCGCGCGUCCAAGAGACAGAAUUGCGGCCGGCACUUUGCGACGCUAGCAGACCGCGUCUCUGGGCUUGAACAAAACAUCAGGGAUGACUCCGUCAGCAUCAUCAAUGACAUGCAGGAGAUCCGCAACAUCCAAGACCAUUACCACGAGGAGAUGCGAGUCUUGAAGAGCAGAAACGCCACACUCCAAACAUGGUUCUUCGACCUUGAAGACAAGGUGGAGGCAUUGGAGAAGGCACGAGAGCGGACUGCCAGCCCUCCUCCCGUGAAGGUUCAGAAUCACAAUCAUAUCCACUUCGACUUCCCCCUCGCAGCCCAGCCUCGAGUUGGUGACCCCACACCAUCUACAGUGCAGUCUAUGAGGAUCUCGCAGAGCGCGCCCGUCGUCCAGUAUGUCUCUGAUCGUGACUACUGGGCCUUCCUUCAGUCGAUAGACUUCCGCAAUCACGCGGACGUCGACAAAUUCUUCGCUUUCCAGAAACUGGAACAGACUCGCGAUUUUUGGCUUUUCGAAGGGAACGACAACUGUCCCGACUAUUACGUUCGGAGUGGUGGCGCUUCAUCGUCUCGUAUUGAGCCUGCGCCAGACGAUGGUAUAAACAUUGAAUAUGCCGCGGCCCAUCCUAAUACUUAUCAAGCAAGUCUGCAGGCUUUUGUGGCAGACGAUAUGCCAUAUCCUAUUAUGAAAAUGGACUACCGGACCUUGAACUACCAGACCUAUGUGGCCGAGGACCAGGAGGGCUUCUUUGUCGAGCUGGGCGAGGUCUACGAGAAGGAGGGGUGCCUUCAACCCAGAGUCUCUUCAACCUACUUCCAUCUGUUCGUGAGAGUUGACGACGCAUCCCACGCUCUUUAG